AUGAAGUUCACUAUCCCAGCUACCCUCGGCCUCAUGGUCUCCCUUUCCUCUGCUGCUGCCAUCACAGGCACCGUCACCCUCAGCUACGACCCAAAAUACGAUGACGCCGGCCUAAGCCUCGCCCAAGUCGCCUGUUCUGAUGGCACCCACGGCCUCCUCACCAGGGGCUUCACCACUGCCGGAUCUCUCCCCAACUUCCCCAACAUUGGCGGAUCCUUUGCCGUCGAGGGAUACAACAGCGCAAACUGCGGAAAGUGCUUCAAGGUCACCUGGCCCGUACUCAACAAGUCUAUCUUUGUUACUUCGAUCGACAGGGCAACCGGCUUCAACAUCGCUAAGGCUGGCAUGAAUGCCUUGACCAACAACCAAGCCGAACAUCUCGGAAGAAUCGACGUCACCUUCCAAGCCGCUACUCCAGCCGACUGCGGAUUCCACUGA